UCAGUUCUCUUGGACGGUCUGAUCCCAAACAGGCUGAGACUUUUAAGGAACUGAAGGGAGAUUAGCAGGGCCGGCUGUACCCGGGGAGGUUCUGGCAGGCACUCUGUUCCUGGGGACGUGCAGGCAGGACACUUCCUCCAAACUUUUGCUAUGGCUGAGCGGUAACAGGAGCUGAUAACUAAGGAGUUGGUCCUUUUUCUUUUCUGACUUGAUGGGACAACACAGAACGUAAUGUUCUCUCUGACUUCGGGAUUACGUUUUAUGCAAGAAGAGAAACAAAAAGAUUUAUUUUGUGUUUUUAACAGACUUUGGAUUCAUCAGAGGAAGACAAAAUGAGAAGGAGGAAAGGUCAAUUGAGUUUGUGUAACACACACCAAAUUUGUUUAUCCAGCUCAGAUAAAUAUGUGUGUUGCUUGCACGUAGCUCCACACUCUGUUUGUGUGUGUUUGUGAAUUAGCAAGCCCAUGCUUGCCGGUGGAAGAGCAGUCUACCCCAGAUACCUCAUACAGCUGAGUCUCUGUGUGGAGAUAAGAGUAGGUGCUGACGUAGCACAGGCUAAGCUCAUUCUUUUAUACAUGAAGGUGCUGUCAGCAGUCUGACCCAUGGAAAACUAAACUACAUGAGAGUUUCUGGUCCUUUGGAGGAGCUGCUCAGUGUACACAAGAUGAAGAGGAGGAGGGAGCGAUCAGGAGCCCCGCAACUUCGCCUCCAAAUCUGGUCACCAGCUCAGUUGCGUUGCCACGGCAACAACAGCCUCCUCCAGCACCUGCUUUCCCCCUCUUCCUUUCAUCCCUCUGUCAUUCAGCCCGCCCUAGUCAACCUCGCCCUCUCCUCUUCGUCCUCCUCUCCCUCUCUCUGUUACUGUGAUGGCCCUCUGUCAGCCCCUGUUUACCAGUGGGGAAACCCCUUCCUUUGGAGUUGUCGGGCAAGCAACAGGAAGAGCCUGAUUGUCACGUCCAGCACUUCGCCCACCUUGCCACGGCCACACUCACCUCUGCAUGGACACACAGGGACCAGCCCACUGGACAGUCCUCGCAACUUCUCUCCCAACACAGCUGCACACUUCUCCUUUGUUCCUGCUCGCAGCCAUGGACACAGGGCUGACAGGACGGAUGGCAGACGCUGGUCUCUCGCUUCAUUGCCUUCCUCUGGAUAUGGCACCAACACUCCCAGUUCCACUGUCUCGUCCUCCUGUUCAUCCCAGGAGAAGCUGCACCAGCUGCCCUUCCAGCCCACACCUGACGAGCUGCACUUCCUUACCAAACACUUCAGCUCUGAGAGCAUCACAGAUGAGGAGGGACGACGCUCCCCCGCCAUGAGACCACGGUCCCGCAGCCUAAGCCCUGGGCGCUCUCCUGUGUCCUUUGACCAUGAGAUUAUGAUGAUGAACCAUGUGUACAAGGAGAGAUUCCCAAAGGCAACAGCUCAAAUGGAGGAGCGUCUGGCCGAGCUGCUUGCCUCCUCGGCCCCAGAGAAGAUUUGCCCAUUGGCCGACGGGGUCUUGAGCUUCAUUCAUCAUCAGCUUAUAGAGUUGUCCAGAGACUGCCUGGAGAAAAGCAGAGAGGACCUCAUCACUUCCCGCUACUUCUACGAACUCCAGGAGAAUCUGGAGAAGCUGCUGCAAGAUGCUCAUGAGCGUUCUGAAAGCAUAGAGGUUACCUUUGUCACACAACUUGUCAAGAAGCUGAUGAUCAUAAUCGCCCGGCCCGCACGUCUGCUCGAGUGUCUGGAGUUUGAUCCUGAGGAGUUCUACCACUUGUUGGAAGCAGCUGAAGGCCAUGCAAAAGAAGGCCAGGGCAUUAAGUCUGACAUUCCCCGAUACAUCAUCAGCCAGCUGGGCCUCACCAGGGACCCUCUGGAGGAAAUGACUCAGCUCAGCAGCUAUGAUAGUGGAAACCCAGAAACCCCAGAGACAGAUGAUUCAGUUGACACUCGAGUAGCCACAGUCCCAGCAGGAUCACCACAGACUAAAGCCAAAACCCCUCGAGAGGAGGACUUUGAAAAUAUCAAGCUCAUCAGUAAUGGAGCCUAUGGGGCUGUGUUUCUCGUACGUCACAAGGAGACCAGGCAACGAUUUGCUAUGAAGAAGAUCAACAAGCAGAACUUGAUCCUGAGGAACCAGAUCCAGCAGGCCUUUGUAGAGCGAGACAUACUAACAUUUGCUGAGAACCCUUUUGUUGUCUCAAUGUUCUGUUCUUUCGAGACCAGGAGACACUUGUGCAUGGUGAUGGAGUAUGUGGAGGGUGGCGACUGUGCCACACUCCUGAAGAAUAUCGGAGCCUUGCCUGUGGAUAUGGCUCGUAUGUACUUUGCUGAAACUGUCCUCGCCUUAGAAUAUCUUCACAAUUAUGGCAUCGUGCACAGAGACCUCAAGCCUGACAAUCUUCUCAUCACAUCUUUGGGACACAUCAAGCUGACGGACUUUGGCCUCUCUAAAAUCGGUUUGAUGAGUUUGACCACAAAUCUGUAUGAAGGACACAUAGAGAAAGACACCCGAGAGUUUCUGGACAAACAGGUUUGUGGCACUCCAGAGUACAUCGCCCCCGAGGUGAUUCUCCGUCAGGGCUACGGCAAGCCGGUGGACUGGUGGGCAAUGGGAGUCAUCCUGUAUGAGUUCCUGGUGGGCUGCGCUCCCUUUUUCGGAGACACUCCAGAGGAGCUCUUUGGUCAGGUUAUCAGUGAUGAGAUCAUCUGGCCUGAGGGGGAUGAAGCUCUGCCUCAGGAUGCACAGGACCUUAUUUCCAAGCUGCUAAGACAAAAUCCUCUGGAGAGACUGGGCACAGGAAGUGCCUUUGAGGUGAAGCAGCACCAAUUCUUCACAGAUCUGGACUGGAACAGCCUGCUAAGACAGAAAGCCGAGUUCAUCCCCCAACUGGAGUCAGAGGAUGACACCAGUUACUUUGACACUCGUUCUGAUCGCUACCACCACGUGGAUUCAGAGGAGGAGGACGAUACCAAUGAUGAAGAACACGUGGAGAUACGACAAUUCUCCUCCUGUUCGCCUCGCUUCAGCAAGGUGUACAGCAGCAUGGAACGUUUGUCUCUGCAUGAGGAAAAGAGGACACCUCCUCCCACCAAACGCAGCCUCAGUGAGGAGGGAGGAGAUCGCAUCGACAGCCUGAGUGGACUCAAGUCCAGAGAUCGAUCUUGGAUGGUGGGAUCUCCGGAGAUCCUGCGGAAGCGUUUGUCAGUCUCUGAGUCUUCCCACACAGAGAGUGAUUCAAGCCCACCCCUGACAGUCAGGAGACGCUGCUGCUCUGCUAUCAUUGAGAUGCCGCGCUUUGCUAUCUCUUCAGAGGAGGAAGGAGGCCAAGGGCAAGGUGCACUUGGAAGUCGAAAGAGUCCCAGCCUGCUUGGCCCAAAUGCAGUCAGGGGCCUGCGAUGUGAUGAGCUGCCCCUCGCCAUCCCAGAGCUUCCAGUGGAAAGAGAGCUGAAGCUUGACGAGUCUCCCACCACACCAAGCUCCACCUCCAGCCAACUGAGCAAAGCCACACUCACUCCAGGCAGUUCAGGCGAUGCGUGCGAACGUGCCAACAGCAGUAACGGUGGUGCCAGCGGAGGUGCCAAAGCUGCAGCAGACAGCGACUCUCCCUCCAUUCCAAAGGCCAUCAGUGACCUGGCAGCUCGUAGGGCUCGCCAUCGCAUGCUGUCUGGAGAUGCAGACAGACACGCAACGACCAGGCCGCUCAACAAGGUCAUCAAGUCGGCCUCGGCUACAACGCUGUCGCUGAUGAUUCCUGCAGACCAUCAUGGCGCCUCGCCAUUGGCCAGCCCGAUGUCUCCCCACUCACUGUCAUCCAAUCCAUCAUCACGAGACUCUUCACCAAGCCGGGACCUGUCUCCAGCUGUGACUAAUGUCAAACCUGCCAUCAUCAUCCACAGAGCUGGAAAGAAGUAUGGCUUUACUCUGAGAGCCAUCCGAGUGUACAUGGGUGACUCUGACAUCUACACUGUACAUCACAUGGUCUGGCAUGUGGAGGAAGGGGGACCGGCCCACGAGGCAGGGCUCAGAGAGGGUGACCUGAUCACCCAUGUUAAUGGGGAGCCGGUCCAUGGCCUGGUUCACACAGAGGUAGUGGAGCUUAUUCUAAAGAGUGGUGCCAAAGUGUCCAUCUCUGCAACCCCGUUUGAGAACACGUCCAUCAAAGUCGGCCCUGCUCGAAAGACUACCCACAAAUCCAAGAUGGCAAGACGAAAUAAGAAAACCAAGAACAAGGAGGGACAGGACAGUAAGAAGAGGACAUCUCUUUUCCGGAAAAUUACCAAACAGGCAUCUCUCCUCCACACUAGCCGCAGUCUGUCCUCUUUAAACCGCUCACUGUCAUCAGGGGAAAGUGGCCCCGGCUCACCAACACACAAUCUGUCACCUCGGAGCCCAACACAGGGCUACAGGUCCACGCCAGACUCCGCGCAUUCAGUGGGUGGGAACUCUUCCCAGAGCAGUUCACCCAGCUCGAGCGUCCCAAACUCUCCAGCAAGCUCCGGCCACAUUCGACCCAGCUCCUUACAUGGACUUGCACCAAAGCUCCAGCGCCAGUACCGCUCCCCUCGGCGCAAGUCAGCUGGCAACAUUCCCCUCUCCCCUCUGGCCCGUACACCUUCUCCCACCCCUCAGAGCAGCUCUCCUCAGCGCUCUCCUUCACCACUCUCCAGCCACACUCUUGGCCAGUCUGCCAUGGGUCAGUCAUUCCCUGUGAAGCUCCACUCCUCUCCUCCUCUGGUGAGGCAGAUAUCCAGACCCAAGAGUGCAGAGCCUCCACGUUCUCCGCUCCUCAAGAGGGUGCAGUCAGCUGAGAAACUAGCAGCCUCUCUCACUAACUCUCCUUCAUCUUCGGGCAUGGCAGCAGCAGCAGAAAAGAAGCUGGCAGUUGGAGCAGCUGUGGGGAGCCGUAAACACAGCCUGGACAUCUCGCAUUCUGAGUUUAAGAAGGAGAUUCUGCAGAGGGAGCCGAGCUUACAGAGCCUCCAGGAGUCAUCCAGCGAGGGUCUGCUGUCUUCAGCAGGACGCGGCGUGGAGAAAGGCAGUCUGCACAAACACUCUUCUUCAUCCAGGAAGUUAGGGCGGCAGGAAGGAGAUGGCACACUCGGUGUGGUGUCUGGCUCGCUGGGUCUGUCAGCAGGGAAGAGCAAGCUGAAGGACAAACUGUCAGCCAUCAGGCAAGACAGAGCUGAGCGAAGAGAGUCUCUGCAGAAGCAAGAUGCCAUCCAUGAGGUGGAUUCAUCUGAGGAUGAGACAGACGAAGGCUCAGAGGACAGCCAGGAUGGACGCAGGGGGAAUAUGUCCACUCCACCUCCUCUUCUGAGACCCACCACUGUGAGAACAGGUCCUGGAGGCACGCUGCCAUCCCUUUGCCUCUCCCCCUGCACUCCUCAUGCUACAUUCAGUCAUACAGGGCCCUCUCAGGUAGGCAGACCCAGCCACUCGCACACUUUACCACCUGUUGCAGAGACUAAGCCCAGUCAGACUCCCUGCUCUCAAGGGUCAACAGAUGGAAGCUUGGCCUCGUCCACAGAGGACGAUGCAAGACGAGAGAGGAAGGUUCUAGAGCCCAGCAGUACAACAAAUACCAUUCAGGGUCCCCUUCCUUUUUCCACACCAGGCAGUGCAUUCAUCUCAGUUAGCAAGGACACUUUUAUUAAGCCAGCUCCUCCAAAAGACUCAAAGACUGUCAUGGGAAAGACUGUACCAUCAGAACCCAGAGCAGAUGGCCAAAUGAUCGACAGAUCCAGAAUCACCACUCCCUGUACAGAGAGCUCCACAGGUACUCCAAAGACCACAGACUCCAAGACCACCUCAAGUACUGCAGAGUGCCAAACCACUGACACCCGCGAUACUGCUCGCACUUCUUGCUCAUCUCCAGGCAUCCCUAAGGAGAAGAAGGAGGCUGACAAUCGGAGACUGUGUGCAGCUGCUGCUGCAAGUCUCAGCACCUCACCUUCAUCCUCUUCCAGCUCUAAUUCAAGUUCAGGAUCCCCAGUUCCCCCUUCUGAAAGUGGGGUUGACAAAGUUGUGUCCCAGCUCGCAACAGUAGCUAAAAGUGUUCUGGGUCCAGUCAAAUUCAACACCAAGGAGCAGAAACCAUCCAGAGGUGGCGCCUCAGAAGUCCCACCUGCUGACCCUGUCCCUUUCCCCUCCAAACAGGUCCCGACCCUUCAGUCACCUCAACUCUCCCCAAACAGGCAGAAAACUCAAUGCGUUGCUUCACCAACCACCACCAACCACAUGAGACCAGCCAAAUUGACCACCCCAGCUUCUCACCCUCGAUCCUGCACAGAUGUUCCAGAAAGGCAAGCAUCAGAGUCUGCAGGCAGAGACAACACUGCCACCGCUGCAUUUGCACAGAGGUUCAGUACAACAGCAGCAGCAGCAGCUCAGUCCACUCUUAGCACAGCCCCACCCACUUCUGCAGCAACUGAGCCUCAGCGCAAGAGAUCAGACCCCCAGACGACGACAGCUGCCACUGCUGCCUCGCAACAAGACAAAGCAACCAGCAAGAAGACGUAGCAGCAAACCUACCACAGUACCAGAAUAAAACGUAAAGAUCACAGGGCUCAGUGUUGGCUCCAAGUUUUAAAACUUUGAAAAACUGCAUGUUCGGGAAAAAAACACAUUUACAACAUCACACUAAUCAGAAAGCAAAGUAAACGCACAGCAGGAGAGCUGAGAAGCAGAGCCAGAUGUGGUAGUCCCAGCUUUAAUCCAGCUGUUCUGUGCUCUUUAUGAUUACCUUAUGUUCAUGUGAGUUCUUGCUUGACAGAAUAUGAUGAGGAGUUUGGGGGUCUUUGCUUUUCUGCAAACAUAUAAGGGGCUAGAAACACAGUACUGCUCAGCAGUCCAAGGAGACACUACUUUAAAAAGUACACACACACACACGCGCACAGCUUUUUCACUCCUCUUGUGCUGCCUCAUUAUCUCACCUUGAUGUCGAGCAGAGCCUCCACACGUUCCUCGAAGAGAUCAGGACGUGCCUUACUUAACGCACUCCUCUUUCUCCCUCUUUUCUAUUCCUAUUCACAUCCCUCCUUUCUGAGCAUCCACUUAUGAUUGACAGAAAGUUGUAUCUGAGCAAUAAAGUGCAACAUUAUAUUUAGUAAACUGUUUAAAUGCAUUAUAGAAUCGUUAGUAAGAGUCAAGCAUCGUCAUUGUACAUGCAGCACCCAGCGAAAUAGGCCAAAUUCUGCUCUCACUGUGCUCCCUGUAGAUCCAACACUGUCGGCCUUCAGGACCCUCUGGGUCUGCUUCACCCUUUGCAGCCGACUGAACGUCUCUGAAACUUUUAUUCUGUUAUUGCACAGCAAACUGUGCACCUGCUGGACAUUUUGCAGAGUUCAUCGUUUUCCUGGAUUAUCCUCUGUUCCCAGUGUUUUUAAUAGUUUUAUUUCUAUCAUGCGCGGCUAAGUUUUUUAGUUUG